AUGAUCGGUGAUGUUGCCAAAGAAAUGGAGUGUGUGGGAAUUUGUGAACAUGAAGUUUUGUCGUGGGCCAACCCUUUUCUUCAGAGCUACUUGGCAGCUGUUCACUUGUCACUCACAUUGCAAAGCUCUAUAUUUAAAAAAACCCUCUCAUUCCGAUGUGAAACGAGCACCAAGGGACGACGGCGGCCUCUGAGAGAAGAGUUUGAACUAACCCAGCGCUUUGCUGUGGGACUGCUUUUCCAAAACCGAGCCGAUCUUCUCUGGCUCCAUCCCGACGACAACUUAAACAAUAUAUUGCUGAUCAAACAAACUUCUCUGUUCACACACAUAAGAAACCACAAGUUUAGACUCCUCAAGCCUUCCCAAAUCCUGAAUUUGUGCCAUUUCAUUUAUGAGGGAUCUCUCACAACCUUUGGACAAUCCGCAGACACAACAACAUCUCGUUUGGCCCGACAGGUCUUUGAUAGUCUUCCAGAGAAUCUCACGUUCAACGGAGUUCCGCUCACCCCGGCCGAUGUUCACGCAAUCAAGAACAUUGUGGAAUAUGGAGAAGAACAGAGGUUUUCUCUAGACCUUACAGACAGUGGGAUUCAAGUGUCUGGGCUGAGAUCUUUGGUGGGACUCAACACCGUAAAGACAUACAGAGCUUGCAUUGUUGACGUCAUUAGCUUGUGGGAGGAGCUUGAAAAACAAAAAGAAGAUGGCUUUACCUGCGAUGCUGUGACCAAGUUCAAGAUAGACCCGUUCAAAGCGACUCAAGUUUGUCAUGUUGAACAUCUGGCCAAGUUGGUGGACAUACACACAAACAAGAGACUUCCUGAGUGCCAAAUGAGUUCAAUCUUUGCUGAAGGGGUAGCAGCAGUGAGAGAUCUGCACAAGCUCGAGUUGGAGUAA